AUGAGCUGGCAUUUUAGCCCCUUCUCACAAGAACAGAAAAAACAGCAUCGUUUAUUGGACGAUAUCUUGUUUGAUGAUCAGGACAAAAACAAGAARGCCAACCAAGUAAAGGUGCACCCAUUUAGAGUAUCAAGUGCACCUCGUCUUCCUCCAGCACCGCCAGACUUCGAGGACUUAUUCUCGCAGAUCUCCCAAAAAGACAUUACAUCGACUCAAGCUUUCCGAGAAAAUCUCUCACAAUUUGGAAAAAAGGACUACAUAAAUACCCAAAAUUCAAGAGCUGAAAUAAGAGGGUUGGCAACAAGACAUCAUGAGACCCCUACCUUGAAUUAUCCAGAGAGCSACCGGCUUUUUCAUAGUCCUCCCAGGAUUGAUUUAGAUAUUGACGAUGAUGAAGAAUAUUUAUACCCAGAGGACUCGCCUGAGCUGUUUACACCCGAGCUGUUUUCCGAUAGUUAUAACAUCCAAGAACAACGGAAAAAGCCUAAUGACGAAUUUCCAAGGUCUACAAAUGCUAAUAAUAGGGGACUAGCACKUCCUUCUCAAAAAUUCUAUGAUGAUUCAUUCAGAACACCAAACCCUCUGUUUAUCCCUGCUGAACAAUUUCGAUCGGUUUUCAGUCAAUUUCCGUACUUUAACAUUGUCCAGUCACGGGUGUUCGAUGAGGUAUUUUACUCCGACAAACCAUUAGUGAUCUGCGCUCCAACUGGAGCAGGAAAGACAGUAAUAUUUGAGCUUGCUAUUAUCCGGCUUCUGAUGACCGUAGGUGCAACAAUAUCAAACACCAAGAUAGUAUACAUGGCGCCCAUGAAAGCACUCUGCAGUGAGAGGUGUAACGAUUGGUCUUCCAAAUUUGGUUCUCUUGGCUUGAAGUGCAGGGAAGUAACAGGCGACAGUGAACUGGACGACUACUUUGAGUUACAGGACACCCAUAUUGUCACCACAACACCUGAAAAGUGGGACAGUAUGACAAGAAAGUGGAAGGAUAACAAGUCGUUGGUUCAGAGCGUUCGUCUUUUUCUCGUCGAUGAGGUGCACACGUUAAACGACGGUAAUCGUGGUGCAACUGUUGAAGCAGUCAUAAGCCGCAUGAAGACAGUUCACACAGCUCUUUCCCGAGGAGCGGGCAAGCGGGAAAUCAAUCGAGAUACAAACAUGCGUUUAAUAGCUGUCUCUGCUACCAUUCCAAAUGUGGAAGAUGUUGCAGCGUGGAUCGGAGGAACAGAGAACCCUGCAUCAAGCUACAGCAUGGAUGAUUCUUAUCGACCAGUAAAACUAAGAAAAGUCGUUCUUGGUUUUCCAAUGCACUCAAAUAUGUCUGAAUUCAAGUUCGACUUGUCUUUAAACUACAAGCUGAGUGGCGUCAUACAAACUUAUUCUGAUCGGAAACCAACACUUGUGUUCUGUUCAACACGAAAAAGCACCCAACAAGCUGCAAACACUCUAACAAAAGACGCAAGGUUUAUCGUUAAUUCUCAACAUCGUCAAAGGUUAACACAAAUUGCAAAUUCAUUGCACGACUCAAAACUUAGAGAACUMGUGAUAUGUGGAGUUGGAUACCACCACGCAGGACUUGACAGYACAGAUCGUAAAAGCAUCGAGAAUGCGUUUUUAAAAGGCGAACUACCUGUACUCUUUGCAACAAGCACUCUUGCAGUUGGGGUGAAUCUGCCUGCACACCUUGUAAUCAUCAAGUCCACUCACUGUUAUCAAAUAGGUGUUUACACAGAGUAUUCUGAAACACAAGUUCUACAAAUGAUCGGAAGAGCUGGCCGACCUCAGUUUGAUACCUCAGCAACAGCAGUUAUUAUGACAACGACUGCUAGCAAGGAAAAAUGGAGUUCUCUUUUACAAGGAACACAAAACAUAGAAAGCAGCUUGCAUCAUCAUCUUAUAGAACAUCUUAACGCCGAAAUUGUUCUCCAUACUAUUUCGGACGUAUCAAUUGCUCUGGAAUGGUUGAAGUCAACUUUCCUAUUCAUUAGAAUACAAAAGAACCCAACUCAUUACGGCAUACCUGCUGGUCUCAGCAAAGAAGCGCUUGAACAAAAACUACAAGAAUUGUGCAUCCAGAAUCUCAACACACUUGAGAAAGCCACUCUUAUCAAGAUGGACGAUGGAUUUGACUUAAAACCUGGAGAACCCGGUUGUUUAAUGGCACGCUACUGUAUUGCUUUCGAUUCGAUUAAACAGUUUCUAGACRUUGAGGGUUCCGAAUGUUUAGCAGAUAUGGUAACUCUGGUGUCAAAGUGUAAAGAGUUUUCAGAUGUGAAACUAAGAGUCAACGAGAAACGAAUACUCAAUGGUUUGAAUAAAGACAAAAACAAGUUGACUAUAAGGUUUCCAGUCAAUGGAAAGAUCAAAUCGACRGAUCAAAAAGUCAGCUGUCUAAUCCAAGCAACAUUAGGAUGCUUAUCAAUAUCUGAAUUCUCUUUGAAUCAGGAUGUAACGAAAAUCUUCAGAUGUGGACAAAGAGUAACACGUUGCUUGGUAGAGCUUUCAAUGCUUCACAACAAAUUCAAGUCACUUCUAAAUGCAAUUAUCUUCGCRAAAUGCAUGAAAGCAAGGUUAUGGGAGAAUUCCAAAUACAUAUCAAAGCAGAUUGAGAAAGUUGGAACCACAUUGUCAACCAUGCUGGUGAAUGCAGGUCUAACAUCAUUUAAGAAAAUCGAAGAAACGAACCCACGUGAGAUAGAAUUGAUUGUCAAUCGUCAUCCACCCUUCGGCAGCCAGAUUAGAGAAGCUGCUAUGUCAUACCCGAAGUAUGAAGUGUCUGUGGAGCAGAAAGGACGCUACACCUGUAAAAGCUCUGAGAUUCUUCUUAGUGUCACGAUGACCAACUGGAUGAAACGUCAGCUGUCUACAGGCUCGAAGCGUGCAUAUCACUUCUGCGUCUUCUUGAUAGGAGACGCAGACAAUGAUGUUGUUUACAAACAACGACUUGGAGAUGCGGUAUUUUUUAAAGAGGGCGGUGUGUGGAGCAAAACGAUAAAUGUUCGUCGCGCAAGUAAAUCGCCUGAAUUGAGCAUCAAUCUAAUCAGUCAAGAUUAUGUUGGAAUUGAUGUCACAACUACUUUUACACCAUACUACAGUGGAUCGUACUUUCCUGCAGACACGACAUCAGCUGAGCCUAUCGAGCGACAAAAGGUUCCACAAAGUACGCCAGCUCCAGCAACAUUAUCAGGAAAGCCUUGCAACCAUCGGUGCAUUAACAAGAAUAUAUAUCCUUUAAAAAGUACGCGCCCCUUAUUGACAGGAAAAGUCAUGAAUGGGUUUUUAGAUCAACUUCACCAGAGAACCUUCGCUUUACCAAGGACACCAGCACAAAAACGACUCAAGGUUCCAAUCAGCACCACUCCAGUGAGUACAGGCCUUUCGUCGAAUUUCGCUGAAAGAUUCUCGUACAACCGCAGASCAUUACCACUUCAGUAUGGAAGCCAUCAAACACCGUCUUCUACUCUAGUGAUUGUAAAAACAAGACCAACAGAAAACUAUAGGAACGAGACUGAUUUACGCACGGAGUGUCAACUGAGACAGAAUAAGAAAAUGAUAUCUGACGACAUAUUUCAAGAUGAUGAUGAUUUCUUUUCGGAUAUUCUUGAGGGCCAAGAAGACGAGAUUGAUGAUCUCCCAUCACUCUACGAGUAUGGAUUCUCAGGGACAGAUCAUCCAAUGCCAAACCCAACUUCUCAAGUGAAAGCUACUCGGGGCGGUAGCUCCACUUAUUUUUCCAACAACAAUAAAGGCUCUUCUUCCAAAAUAAAAGAUCAAGAACAGAGUCAAAGGUUAUUCAAGGAGAAGAGCAAUUCGCUCAAUCCAAACUCAUAUAGAAUGCAGGAUGAACCAGCCCCAAAGCGGAAGAGGGUUGCUGACAUUUCAAAUAACUGGGCUAAGAAAACUCCAACAAAACCGUUGCCCCACCCACAAUYACUGUCGUCCAGAUUACCAGGAUGGGGGGAUUUCCAAGCUGCAAAAAGUCAAUCUAGUUAUAUGAAAUCUGCAACAAUACCUAAGCACGAUAGUGAAGAGGAUAAAGGUAGAAGAGAAUAUGAUCAAGCGAAGCGUAAAGAUGUUACUGGUGGCGCCAUUCCAAAACGCAGCUCAGUAUCGCUGUCUUCCAAAGUACCAGGAUGGAAUGAAUUUAAAACAAUGAAAGACAAGGCUGUCCAAGAGCAAAACAAUACCAAUACAGAUACAGGACUAGAUUCAGAUCUAGGUAAACGGCCAAGUAAACUGGAACAGGAAGUGGCAGGUGACAAGCUGCCAUUGGUUCCCGUUUUCUUUUCUUCUGACGCAAACCAAAGAUUUCAGCCAGAUGAUGAUGAUCAAGACGCUUUCAGCGAUAUCUUCCAUGGAGUAUUUUAA